AUGCCCUCUAUCCCUCAUGGGAACCGAAUUCCUUUAGUUUUGCCGAGUUCGAUGCCUGGUGGAAAGCCAGGAGAGGAGACUCACAAAUUUAUGGUGCAGACCAUCAAGGACAUCAAUGCUCAAGUUAUAGAAGAUCCCUCCUUGACACAGAACAUUGGUGGACAGUCUGUCCAGGUCGGAGAAGUAAUUGUCACUUCUGUUAUUGCAGCCGGAGAUCUGGAGCUGCCUUCUGGAGAAGGAGAAGAAGAAGAAGAAGAAGAAGAUCGGGCAGAACAAACGGCUGUUCAGGCCACUCCUUCUUCUGCCAGAAGAAAAAGAAGGGAAACUGCUCAGCCUGCGACUUCAGCUAGGAGUCGCUCUCCUCCUCAUACUAAACGACUUAGAAAGAGGACUGUAGAGGAAUAUGUGGCCCCGGAGGCAAUUGCAGCAGUUCCCACCACAACUUCUGGCACAGAUGAAGAGCUGAGAUAG